CUCUCUCAUUAAACCAAACAGACUGUAAAUCAUUUUCCCCGCCCGCACUUCGACCGAGCGCGAUUCAGGCCGCCAAGAUCUGAGAUCGACCUGCCGCCGCUCUUCUGCUUCCUUUACUGCAGGGUCGAGUCCUUCUCGUUCUCUGUGAGUUUCGCUUCACCUUACCGCGACUGGUUCACUCCACGGCCACCGUGUUUCUAAUAGACCGUCUCUGCACGACCUAGUCCGUGCACUUGCAGUCUUGCUCUCGCGGCGGAAGACCGAAGCUGCCAAGCUGAAAGAAUGAAAGGAUGAUGAUUCUGGCAUUUUUUGGGGUCUGAAUGCUUUUGUUUGUCAAAUUGAAGUGGAGUACUUCUAGGGUCAAAGAGAAAGCGUUGCCAACCCUUUACAGAGCUUUGCCAAGGGAAGAGAAAAGCCAUGAAUGCGCCAGAUCGUUACGAGCGAUUUGUCGUCCCUGAAGGCACCAAAAAGGUCUCUUACGAGCGGGACACCAAGAUCAUCAAUGCUGCAUCCUUCACUAUUGAGAGAGAGGACCAUACAAUAGGAAAUAUUCUUCGCAUGCAAUUGCAUAGAGACCCUAAUGUGUUGUUUGCCGGAUACAAGCUUCCUCAUCCUCUUCAAUACAAAAUCAUUGUCAGGAUCCAUACCACAAGUCAGUCUUCACCAAUGCAGGCAUAUAAUCAGGCUAUUAAUGAUCUUGACAGGGAACUAGAUCAGUUGAAGAAUGCCUUUGAGGCAGAGAUGCUAAAGUUUUCAAGGGAUUAUUGAUGGGCAUUUCACAUGCUCAUGAAAGUAUGAUAGCGUUGUGCAGAUGUAAGGAUUGUGGGUUCUUGUUUGUCUUCCCCCGGUGGGGAUGGGCAUCUAAUUGUGUAUUGCAUGGGACUAGUUAGGAAGAUUGUGUUUUAUUUUGAAACUUUUCAUGUCUGUGAAAUUAUAAUUUUAGUGUUUUGGAAUGUAUAAUAUAAAGGAUCACUGGACUCCUUAAAUAAUCCUAAACCACAUGAAUGACCAACUGGAGAGUUUUUGUCUCGACCUAUUUUGAAAUGAAGAGGGAUUCCAAUUA